AUGGCUGGAAAGAAUAAGAAAAAAGGCGGGGGAGCCGCCAAGGCUCCUGGAAGCGGGGUGGCCGCAGGCGGUGGCGGAAAAGACUCUGCGGGGAAGUCGGCAUCGGGGCGAUCGGUGGGGUCGGGGGAAGGGCCGGCCGUGGAGGAGCUAUUCACGAAGCUCGAAGGACACAUUCGGAAGAGCGAGUUUUCGCGCGUUGUGAAAACAGCUGACGAAAUCCUGGCGGCGAGUCCCGGCGAUGCGGACGCGCUGCGGUGCAAGGCGGUGGCGCUCAUUCAGAACGGCAGCGUCGCCGAGGCGCUCAAGCUGCUGGAGGCGCCCAACGCGCCGCCGGACAUGGCGUUCGAGAAGGCCUACUGCCUGUACCGUCUGAACCGUCUCUCCGAGUCCCUCACGCUCCUCCGCUCGGUUGAGCGAACAGCCGACACGCUCCAGCUGGAAGGCCAAGUCCUCUACCGCCUAGGGGACUCCGCGGCGUGCAUCAGCCGCUUCGAAGAGCUGAUCAAGCGGCACCGCCUGGACCAAUCCCAGCUGGAGGUGAAGACGAAUGUUCUCGCGGCGUAUGUGAUGGGCGGGCGGAGCGGCGAGGUGAAGGGGCUGAUGGAGAGCCAGCUGCGGGUGGCGCCGCGAGACGCGUUUGACGUGGCGUAUAACGCGGCUUGUGCGCUGAUUGAGAUGCGGGAUUACCGGGCCGCGGAGGAGAUGCUGCUGCUCGCGCGCAGGGUGGGGCAGGAAGUCCUGAUAGACGAGGAGCUGUCCACCCAAGAAAUAGAGGACGAGCUGGCGCCCAUCACCGUACAGCUGGCGUACACGCAGCAGAUGCUGGGGCGCCGCAUGGAGGCCCUCGAGAGCUACCUCGCCUUCCUCAAGCGCAAGCCGGCUGACGCGCCCUCCGCUGCUGUGGCGGUAACGAAUCUGCUCGCGCUGAGGAGCGCGAGGGAUGUGGUGGAUGGGCUGAAGAGGCUCGAUCGGGUGGUUGCUGUGACGGAGAAGGGCGGGAAGGAGGGGGAGAAAGGGAAGGGGGAGGGGGUUGAGGUGGUGUUUUUGGAGAAUCUGGAGACGAAGCUGUCUCGCAAGCAGAAGGCUGCUGUCAUGCUGAAUCGGUUCCUGCUGCUCGUUGCUGCUAACCGCCUCGAUGAGGCACGUGCGUCCCUACCAUGUGUGGAGCGCCUUUUACCCGAUACUGACGACCCUCUUCCCUUGCACGCAGCACUCCUCAUCAAAGAGGGUCGCACUGACGACCUCCCCUCCAUCCUCUCCUCCCUCGCCGCCUCCUCCACCUCGUCCGGUUCGGCGCCUGCCGAGCCUGGGACCGAGCCUGGCGUAGCGGCGGGAGGGGAAGCUGGUGGAGGGGCGGGCGCAGGGGUACAGGGGGGAGAAGGGGGUUUCAGUCGUAUGCAGUCGGCGCGGCUGCUGUCGGCGCAGGCAGCAGCAAUGGCAGGGCGGUGGGCACAGGCAGCAGAUGAGCUGGGGCAAGUGGAGGGGAUCCAGCACAGGCCGGCUGUUGUGGCAACGCUCAUGGACCUCAAGGAGAGGGCAGGGGACGUGGCAGGAGCCAAGGCGGUGGUGGAUGCGGCAGUGGAGUGGUGGCAGAACCACAUGGAUGUCGCCUCUGCCACUGACCUUGCCUCUAUCCGAGAGGCCCUGCUGAGAGCAGCAGCGGAGUUCAAGGCGCGGCAUGGGGCAGCGCAGCAAGCAGCGGAUGACUGGCAGGCGCUGAGGAAGCUAGCUGCCAGCCCCACGCUCAAGACACAGGCGCUCGCAGGACUGGUCUCCUGCACGUCCCAAGUGGACCCAGUAACGGCUGAGAAGCUAGCCAUGGAGCUCCCACCCAUGCCUGGCACAUCAGGCCUGGACGUCUCCUCUCUCCUGCAGCGCCCCGGCCCGUCCACCUUCUCCCACUCGGCUGCUGCCGCUGCUCGUGCAGCCAAGCGCCCUGCUCCUGACGACGAGUCUGCUGCUGCCUCUGCUGCUGCUGCAGCGAGUGAGAGGGCCCGAGCUAAGAAGAAGCGCAAGCGGAAGGUGAUUCUGCCGAAAGGGUUUGAUCCGGCGAAUCCCGGACCUCCCCCGGACCCGGAGCGGUGGUUGCCGAAGCGGGAACGGUCGAGCUUCCGGCCGAAGAAGAAGGAUAAGAGGAAGGUGGAUGUGCGGGGGGCGCAGGGGGCGGCGGUGGUGAAAGGGGAGAAGACAGAGGGUGGGGGUGUGGUGGGGGGGCUUACUGGUGAAGGUGAUGGUGGGAAGGGAGGAAAGGCAAGUGCGGCGGCGGCUGCUGCUGCGGCUGCUGGGAAGGGAGGGGAUGGAGGGAAGAAGAAGGGAGGGGGAAGGAAGGGGAGGCGGUGA